GUUCCGUCUUCGAUGCUGCCAAAAUCAACAACGAAAGUGGUCCGUGCGGUGGUGUGUGCCGUAUUCCCCGCACACCAACCCAUCUGAGUAGAAUCCGUAUACCCGUAACAGAGCGAGAAAACCAGCAAGAAAGACGAGUUUCGUAUCGCGUCGUGAAGUGACGGAACGAAGGCGGAAUGACACGACGACGAGCAAACACGGUGGACCACAUUUUUCGCCUGCUGCUUGUUGGUUGAUGGUCGAUUGGUCUGGUCGGUCCGUCGCAGUUUACUGGUUUGGUUUUGUGGGUUAGCGAGUUGGAGCGAAUCAUCGCAGUAACCAUUUUGAAGAGUAUCGAUAUCUACCCGUGGUGAAAAACCGGAUUCUGCGUUCUGCCAAAACCGGAAGUGGCGAAUCGAGGAUUACUUUCGAGCUUUAUAUUGGUGUCGAUAAGGGUUUUUGGUAUUUUUCUGCCCCGAGGAAGUCGUCACGGGGCAAGUGAUUAAGCAAUCUUACGAGCAGCCGUCAUCGAGAACGCCCUCUUGAGUGUAGAACGUCAGCAGCAGCGACACGAAAGGGAAGGAGGAGAAAAAAAUCUGACAUCCGAGGACGGAAUUUUCACUCGUCGUGGUUAAUUACGGGCAGCAAUACGUAAUCGCAGGAAGCAAACGGAACUUGAAAAAUCGAGCUACAAUGAACGAAGUGGAGAUAAAACGUGAAAAAAUCGACAUGGAAUCGGCGGACCAUCAGCAGCCGUACGAAAACAAUGGCACUGACGGAAACGCAUCGGAUCAGGAAAUCGUGGUCGGAAUCGACGAGGAUCACAUCAAUUUCCUAACCAGUAUGGCGUCGGGCGAUGAUGACGAUGACGAUUCGAUGGAUUGCCCACCGGAAAUGGCUGGCGUUCUCGGUCGGGCAAGAGCGAUGGCUGGUGUAUCGGGACAUGGAUACGACGACGACGAAGACGUUAUGGCUGCAGCGGAAUCCAUUCUGUCCAAAACUGCGGAACGAACUCAGCAACAAAUGUAUCGAUGCCAAUACUGUAACAAAACGUUCACCUGGCUCAAAUCGUUGACGGUGCACUUGCGAACUCACACAAACGAUAAGCCGUACAAAUGUGAACUAUGCGACAGGUCAUUCGUGCGCUCCGACUAUCUCAAGUAUCAUAUUAUCAAAUCGCAUCAGACAACAGAACAAGUAUUCACCUGUACUGCCUGUUCGGGAGUUUUUGCCACCAAUCGUGGCCUUUUCCGCCACAUUCGAUCGGAGCACGGCACCGAGGCUGAUUCCAGAGGUUCGCUGCUGAUUCCAAAAUUGGAAUACCCUUCGGAUGCGGAUUCAUUCCAGGACACGGACGAGAAUGGCAAAUAUUCAUGCACAUAUUGUGACGAAUCCUACAUGGCUCAAGAACAGCUUCGUGCCCACUUGAAACGUCAUCUUGGAGAGAAACCAUUCCAAUGCGAUCUCUGUUCCAAGUCAUUCAUUCGUCAAGAUUUCCUUCAAUGCCAUCGUUCGAAUCACCUAAAAAAUCUUGACUUCCACCAAAAUGGUGAUGGUGAGGAACCCAAAAGACCACGUCUCACACUCAAGAACCUGCAAGAUUUGACACCAUCAAAUCCAAAUACACAUCGGAAUUCUAGCGAUGAAGAAGACGAUGAUGGUGCUGGCAGUCAAUCGUCCGGUGAUACGGAUGCUGGCCAACGAUCCACUGCUGGCCAGCAACGAAAGGCACAGUUAUCUUCUUCGGGUCAGCCAGAUAGCGACGAACAGCGGGGUUUGCUGGCGGCUCUCAUGGCCGAGGUAACUCGUAACGAAGAAGGCCGUUGGCAGUGCCCUGGUUGUGAGAUGAACUUUUCGCAGGAGACCAGCCUGACGGUGCACUUGAGGACGCACGCAGGAAUAACUCCGCUUAAAUGUCCGCUAUGCAGUCUAGCGUUCAUACGUUCGGAUUACCUGAAAAACCAUCUGAGAAAACACGUCGAGGGAAAUGGCGAAGACCCGGAAGCUCCUGGAGCCAUCGAUGUGAACAAUCUAUCAUUUAACGCACCGUCCUUUGUUGCCGCUAGUGCUCCCAUCGCUUCUACCAGCAGCUCUAGUUCGGUGACGGCCAAGGGUUCCUCGAUAUCACUGUUGAAACCCUUGAGCGCCAGGCCUCAGUCGACAGGAAUCUCAUUGCUCAAACCACCCGAAGAACGCAAACCACCAUCAGAUCAACCGCCAGAGUAUUGCAUUCGUACCGAUGAUGGUAAAUUCAUGUGCACAGCUUGUGAGCGUGUCUUUUCACAUCAGCAAACGGUUCGGAUUCACUAUCGAAUACACACCAAUGAAAAACCUUACAAAUGCCCAAACUGUCCUGAAUCAUUCAUACGGUCAGACUAUCUAGAGCGACAUAUGAAAAUCCACUGGAAGGAUACCCCGUUGGCAAUGUUUCCCGGUGGUUCUUUCAUGGGGGUGGGUAGAAAUUCACUAGCCCCUUCUUUGGCCACUUCAGACAGUAGCGAUUCGACCAGUCAGAGCCCACAAAAGCCAACGAUUGGUCGAGCAGGUCUCUUGCCAGAAAAUUAUCAUUUCGUCGAAGCUGGUGACGGGCAGUACGUUUGUAAGAUUUGUGAACAAGUGUUCAGUCAAAGCGAUUCUCUGCGGAAGCAUGCCCUCACCCAUACCGAGGAGAAACCUUUCUUCUGUGACAUUUGUGAUCGAUCGUUCAAUCGAGUCGAUUAUCUUAAGGAACAUUUCAAAUCCAAACGGCACCGGCAAGCGUUGGCUGAAGCCAAUGGAGAUCCCCCGGUGGAGGAAGAGGAGGAAACGACAGAUAUGAGCCUCGCGUCGCGUCUAGCUAAAACGAAAUCCCCUAUAUCUCCACUAACGAAUGCCAUUAUCGAGAGGAUGGAUUUCCAAAAGACAGACGACGGUCGAUACAAAUGCACAGAUUGCGACAAAACCUUUGUUACGGCGGUAACUCUGAAGAUGCAUCUUCGAUUGCACACUGGUGAAAAGCCAUAUAAAUGCAGCAUGUGCAGUAUGGCUUUUAUUCGGUCCGAUUAUCUUAAAACACACGAAAAAAUACACCGGCAGCAGGCUUUCAUGAGCAGCUAUCAGCAGCAAUUUAUGGGAGUUGGUGGCAAUUAUUCCGGAGAAGCUUAUUCCGAUGAGGAAGGUGAAAGGGAUUAUCAACAUAUGCAGUCGGAUGGCGAAGUCAACGGACCACUGCCAUUUGUGAAACAUGAACAAGAGUUGAAAAUCGAAGAUGUUGGUCCGGAAGAAGAGGAUGAGGAAGAGGAAGACGACGAAGAACCUCCACCGAAACACCAAACGGGAGACGUUGAUGACGAUGACGAAGACGAGGAGGAUGAUGAAAGUGGAGAUGAACAGGUCAUUGAAGUGAUGGUAAAAGAGGAAGAUUCGGAUGACGACGAUGAAGAGGAGGACGAAGAAGAGGAGGAACAGGAUGGGAACGAGGAAGACCAGAAUAACGAUGACCAGGAGGAUCAGGACAAUGAACAAGAGAAAGAGCAUCGAGACAUUAAGGAGGAAUCCGAUCAGGAUAACGAGGACGGCGAUGAGGAGGGUGAAAACAACAACAGCUACGAAAACGAAGACGGUACAUCUCGAGCAAGCGCAGGGGGAACGAGCGUGGCAGAUUCCGGCGAUCCCAAGUCCAAGCAUCGCUGCCACAUAUGUCGCAAAGAGUUUGCCUGGCCAAAAUCACUUAAAAUUCAUCUGCGAACGCACACCGGCGAGCGGCCGUACGAAUGUGAGGUUUGUGGGAAGAGCUUUACACGAUCCGACAGUCUUAAGGCUCAUCGGAACACGCAUGGAGACGUUCGAGUUUUGCAGUGUCAUCUAUGUGAUGCCACUUUCCUUAGCGGUAGUGGUCUAAUACGGCAUCAGAAAGCCGAGCAUGGCAUAGAGCCGUUGGAUGUGUAAAAAUGUGCUGUUUCAGGAGAGAAAGUAUUUCGGUUUGUUGUUGUUGAAACCGGUCCCACCCAGACACUCUUGUUGCGUCCGAUUUUGUUCUAAUUCUCUAAGCGACGCUCCUUUGACAAUAUCGCGUGCCGUCGUUAUCCGUGGAAAGGUUUUACUGAUUCACUAAUGCCACAAAGUUAAGAUCGUUGUUUAAUUUUGAUUUGCAGUUGAUGGUUUUUAUUAGGUUUUAGCACAUAAACUAUCUACAGAUAUACAUUACAUUCACACAGAGUAAAAACAAACUUAUUAAUAAUAAUAAACAACUUGUUCAGAAUGUAUUGCCGCAGUAAGGUUCUAAUCGUGAUGUGCGAUUGGAGCAUUAAAUAUUUUCAUUGAAAUAACAAUUAAUUGGGUUCACAAUCAACUAUAUUGUUAAUAAAACGGAUAAAAUCUGAAGUGUGGAUUGUUUGAAACAAUUUCAAUGUCGUUACAUCGAAGGUAUAUACUUGGGCGUGUAUGAUGUAUGUAUGUUUUACAAUUCCUGAUUCGUGUGUUUGAAUGUCUAGCUAGGAGGGACACCAGGCAUUUUUUCUCUAUAUUUUCUGACAUAAUCAAAACCCUAGUAAUAAAGAAGAGCACGAACUGAAUGGAACAAAUCACGUGAAAAAACACAAAAAACCCAAUAGCACAUGUGUUGCUAUUUAAGCUGAACACUGAGAGAAAUUGUACCUACAACAAGUCGUUGACAUGCAAACAAUUUUCGAUCUUUCGCCCUAAGACAUAAUAUUUGUAAUGAGUAUAAGAAAUACACCGAGUAUAUUAUCGUGAUUGAAUCACACCU